GUCAUUCUUAAAAAAUGAAAUGAAGUUUUUCAACAAAGUUUGCACAAAACACAAAAAGUAGCAAGACUAGUACAUAUACUAUUAAAUUACAGUUGUAAUUUUCAAUUUGAGUUGUAGGAUAUCAUGGAAAGGAAAUGCUAAAUGCUGGCUGAUAAAACAUGGCAUCAAACCGGGAAAAGUACUACAUAACAAAUACAUUACUUUGUCUUCUCAAAGCAUGUGAAAACAAAAAAACAAUUGUUGAAUUAAGAAAUGAAAACAUUGUGGAGGGACUAAUUAAUUAUGUGGAUGGAUUUAUGAAUGUAACCAUGUCUGAUGUGAAGUUCACAUCAUUCAGGGGUGACGUGAGUAUGUUUGAAUCAUUCUUUGUGGCUGGGAAGAACAUACGAUUUGUUCAAAUACCUGAUGAAAUUGACAUGAUGGCAGCUAUCAAGGCUCACGCAGCCAGAGCAGCUAGUGCAGCAAAUGUAGGUCUUCAAGAGACCAAACGCAAUCCCAAAUCUUUGAAUAUUUGGCAACAAAAAUCAGAAGCAUCUAAAUUAGCUCAAAUGAAACAGAUGGUUCAUGGGUCUGAAGCUCAAAUGAAAAUGGUUCAAGAAGCUCAAUUGAAAAUGGACUCCAAAGCUGAGGCACAUGACAGAAUGGUUAACGAAGCUGAAGCCCAAAUGAAGAAACUUCAUAGAACUGAGGCUAUUAGAACGGAUAGACCAAUUGAGCCAGAUUCAAGUAAAGA